AUGGCGGCCCCCUCCUCGGGCGCCGCCGCCGCCGCGCUCCUGGCCCUCGCCCUGGCCCUGGCCCGCGCCUCCAACCCCAUGGCCGCCCUCGGCCCCGACUGCGCCGCCCGGCCCGGCAAGGCGGCCGCCAACUGCUCAGAAUUAAAUGUAAAAGAAUCAGAUGCAAGAGUAUGUGAUGAAUCAUCAUGUAAAUAUGGGGGUGUUUGUAAGGAAGAAGGAGAGAGUUUGAAAUGUGCAUGCCAAUUUCAGUGUCACACAAAUUAUAUUCCUGUUUGUGGCUCAAAUGGAGACACUUACCAAAACGAAUGCUUCCUGAGGAGAGCAGCUUGCAAGCAUCAAAAAGAGAUAACUGUUGUCGCAAGAGGACCUUGUUACUCAGAUAAUGGCUCUGGAUCAGGAGAAGGAGAGUUUGAAGGCUCUGGAACAGAAAUUCACAGGAAACAUUCCAAGUGUGGGGUUUGCAAAUAUAGGGCAGAGUGUGAUGAAGAUGCAGAAAAUGUUGGAUGUGUCUGCAACAUAGACUGUAGCGGGUACAGCUUUAACCCUGUCUGUGCAUCCGAUGGAAGUUCCUACAACAACCCCUGCUUUGUUCGAGAAGCAUCUUGCCUGAGACAGGAACAGAUCGAUAUCAGGCACCUGGGACAUUGUUCAGACUCCGAUGAUACAGGCUCCUUGGGGAAGAAAGACGAAGGCCUGCCAUAUCGACCAGAUGUGAAAGGUACAGUCUCAUGCAGGGCUGUUCCCAGCAGCAGUCGAGAUGCCAAAACACAGAAGUUAUAA